AUGACCAAGACGAACUCUUUUGCGACGUUUCUGAUCAUUGGCCCGACAUGUUUCUUUCUUGGAAUACUAUUUGCAGCCUUCCCGUACGAUUACAAUGUGUUGUGGGCCAAUCCAACGGAACCGGAACCGUACUUUGCAAAGCUUGAAGAGCAUCUAAAAUUCCUGUACGCCUCACCACCUUUGAUCUCGCGGAUCCUUCACAUUGUCAUUGCGACCGGGCUGCUUGGUUUCCUCACCAAGCUCUAUAAGCCCACCGAAGCCAACGUCUUGUUCGAUGGUGCCUCCUUGGUUCUCUACAUGUGCGGUAUUGCCGUGUACAUUGCGAACAUUAUCAAAGGCCUGCGCGUCGUCACCGCUGGCAUCUAUGGAAACGAAGAUGGCACUGUUGAGGAAAAUGUAGACUACGUAGGCCGUGAGGAUAGCCUUCGGGUUAUCUCGGCUAGCAAUACAAUUGUCGCUCUGGUCUUGGUUGGCGUGCUGGUCUUGCAAGCCGGACAAUGGUAUGCGCAGAAAAAAGAAGAGGCCGAGAUCGCUGAGAUGGAUCGCAUAUCUGCCGAGAAGAGGGAUUCAAAAUCUGCAGGUGGGAAGAAGAAGCAGUGA